AUGUCACCAACUAUAGUCUUGAUAACUGGUGCAAAUCGGGGCUUAGGUAAAGGACUUCUAGAACGCUACUUAGCAUUACCAAAUCACCUUGUGAUUGCGGCAAAUCGUGAUCCAUUCCACGAGAGUUCGAAAAGGCUCGCUGAUCUUCCUAGAGGAUCUGGAACUAGUCUAAUUAUCGUCAAAAUUGACGCCUCGAUCGAACAAGAUGCAUUUGAUGCCGUCCGAGAACUCCAGGAUAAGCACGGCAUCCAACAUAUUGAUAUCGUUAUUGCCAACGCAGGCGUUUCUUAUGUUUGGCCAACAGUGGCUGAUCUUAAAAUAUCGGACCUGAAAGCCCACAUAGAACCGAAUGUCUAUGGCUGUAUAUCAAUAUACCAAGCAACACGAAAUUUGCUGCAGAAAUCAAAGAAUCCCAUUUUCACACCCAUGGGCUCUUCGGCCGGGGCAAUUGCACACCAACUUCCAAUCAGAAAUGCUGCAUAUGGUCCCUCAAAGGCUGCUGUUAAUUGGCUCACUGUUCGAAUUAAUGCUGAGGACGACUGGCUGAAUGCCUUUGUUAUGAUGCCUGGCUGGGUCGCAACUGAGCUAGGCUAUGAAGGCGCAAAAGGUCUUGGAUUUGAUGAUGAGCUCAUAAACAAAAGUUUGAUUUCCACGAAUCUUUCUUGUGAUGGUAUGAUGAAAGUUUAUGCAGAUAGUUCCAAGGAAAGACAUGGCGGGAAAAUGGUGUUAUACGAUGGAAGUGUCGGAGAACGGUAG